CUCAAUUCUAUAUUUUAUUUUUCAAAAAAUAAAUAGAAUAAAAAUAAAUCCCAAGAAAAAAAGAGUAAGGGAAGAGGGACCUGCUCCAGUCUGUUGAAUGUCGGCUUCUUCCUUCUUCUUCUCCUUCAAAAGCUGCUUUCCUUUGCUCCUCUCUUUCUCUCUCUUCCUUUCUCGACACUUUUCUCUCUCUACUUUCUCUCUCUACUAUAUGCAUACCUCCAUUUUUCUACGCUUAAACAGCUCUUUUCGACACAAUUAGCUCAACAAAUUCAGCUCAAUAUUUAAUUGAAUUGUAAAAAUGGUGAUAUAUUAUCAGCAAGAUUUUUGCUGAUAUAAUUAUUUUUUGGGUUGAUUUGAUGAAUGUGGUUUUAGUCUUGAAGACAAUGUUGAAGAUGAUUGUUCUGGGUUUGAAGUUGUAGUAAAGAGCCCAAAAAAAAAAAAGAAAAAUUAAUUUUUGGGAAUUAGAAAGUGGGUUUGUUAAUCAUGAAAGCUCCAUCAAAUGGUCUCAUGGCUAAUCCUGGAGAAGAAGGAAGAGCCAUAAAUUCAGAGUUGUGGCAUGCCUGUGCUGGUCCAUUGGUUGCUGUGCCUCCUGUUGGAAGCCUUGUGGUUUACUUCCCACAAGGCCACAGCGAGCAAGUGGCAGCCUCUAUGCAAAAGGAGACCGAUGGCAUCCCGAGCUAUCCGAAUCUUCCAUCUAAGUUGAUUUGUAUGCUCCACAGUGUCACGCUACAUGCUGAUCCUGAAACCGAUGAGGUGUAUGCACAAAUGACUCUUCAACCUGUUAAUAAGUAUGACAGGGAUGCUCUGCUCGCAUCAGAGAUGGCCCUUAAACAAAGUAGGCAGCCUGCAGAAUUUUUCUGCAAAACUCUCACAGCUAGUGACACUAGCACACAUGGAGGGUUUUCUGUACCUCGUCGGGCUGCUGAGAAGAUAUUUCCACCUCUGGAUUUUUCUAUGCAACCUCCUUGCCAAGAGCUGAUGGCUAAAGAUUUACAUAAUCAAACAUGGACGUUCAGACAUAUUUAUCGAGGCCAGCCGAAAAGGCACUUGCUGACUACGGGAUGGAGUGUUUUUGUUAGCUCGAAAAGAUUGUUUGCUGGUGAUUCUGUUCUCUUUAUAAGAGACGAGAAAUCACAUCUUCUUUUAGGUAUACGGCGGGCAAACAGACAGCAGCCUGCCCUUGCUUCAUCUGUUAUAUCCAGUGACAGCAUGCAUAUUGGAAUUCUUGCUGCUGCAGCUCAUGCUGCUACAAAUAAUAGUCCAUUUACCAUUUUUUAUAAUCCAAGGGCUAGUCCAGCUGAGUUUGUAGUUCCCUUGGCUAAGUAUAAUAAAGCGAUGUAUACCCAAGUUUCUCUUGGCAUGCGAUUUAGGAUGAUGUUUGAAACUGAAGAGUGUGGCGUACGUAGAUACAUGGGUACUAUAACAGGGAUCAGUGACCUUGACCCGGUGCGAUGGAAAAACUCUCAGUGGCGUAAUCUACAGGUUGGCUGGGAUGAAUCGACAGCUGGGGAACGACCAAGUCGGGUCUCCAUUUGGGAUAUAGAGCCUGUUGUAACUCCCUUCUACAUAUGUCCUCCUCCAUUUUUCAGACCAAAGUUUCCUAAGCAACCAGGGAUGCCAGAUGAUGACUCUGAUAUGGAUAGCAUGUUUAAGAGGGGUAUGCCCUGGCUUGGUGAUGAUUUUGGCAUGAAAGAUGCUGCCAGCUCAAUAUUUCCUGGCUUAAGUCUAGUACAGUGGAUGAACAUGCAACAAAAUAAUCAGGUUCCUGGUGCACAAUCAGGGAUUUUUCCAUCUAUGCUUUCAGCAUCUGCCUUGCAUGGUGGCCUUGGUACCGAUGAUCCUUCUAAGCUGUUGAACUUUCAAACCCCGUCUAUGUCUAUGCCAAAUCUUCAAUUCAACAAAGCUGGCCAACAUAAUCAAGUAGGUCAAUUCCAGCAGCAAUCUGCAGCGUGGUCUCAACAGCAACAGCAACAGCUGCAGCAAUUGCUGCAGCAGCAACAACAACAGCAGCCACAGCAGCAGCAGUCUUUGCAACAACAGCAGCCGCAGCAGCAGUCACUGCAACAACAGCUACAGAAACAGCAGUUACAGCAGCAUCAACAACAACAGCAACAACAGCAACAUCAACAAUUACAGCAACAGCAGCAGCAGCAACAGUUACAGCAGCAGCAACAUUUACAACAGCAGCAGCAGCAGCAAAACCUACAACAGCAACAACAACAACAGCACCAACUACAGCAAGCACAACCACCACUGCCUCCUGCAGCACAAAAGCAGCAAAUGCCUCAAUCAACAUUUGUAAAUAGUGGCCUCAUUUCUCCUAACCAAAACAUAAAUCAGAAUGUGUCACAGUCUCCAAUAUAUUCUCAGCUUCAUCACCAGCAACUGCAGGUUGGAAAUACUCAGUGCACACCAAAUAUUCAACCUAACAAAGAUUCUGUUCAUUCAACAUCCUUAGCUCCAGAUAUGCAGUUUCAGCAGCAAACAGAACAGCAAAGUAGUGCUCUACAGAGGUUUCAGCAGCAGCAGCAGGCACAAAUGCAACAGUCCUCCCAACAAUUACUUCAAGAGAGCCUCUCACAGAGGCCGCCUGCCUUGCAGAGCCUCUCAGAGCAUCAACUUCAACUCCAGCUGCUGCAAAAAUUACAACAGCAACCUCAGGCACAGCAGCAACAUCAACAACAUCCUCAUCAGUCACAUCCUAUGCUGUCUCCUACUAGUUCUCAAGUUCAGCCUCAAGUAACAGCACAGCAACAUGCUCCCCAACCAAACCAACAUAUGCUGCAGCGUUCCACAUCUCAGUAUCAGCUGCCACAAGUGGGUGUCAGCACUAUGUCCACAUCUCCACUUAUGAAUUCUCCUGCAGUUUCAGCAGUGCAACUUCAGGGAAUGCAGAAAACAGGCGCGAUAGUAAGAUCACUAUCUUGUCCAACGGACGGAGAUGCUCCAUCAUGUUCUACGUCACCAUCUACAAAUAAUUGCCAGAUUCCCCAAUCAAACUUCUUGAACCGCAACCAACCAGCUCGGAAUGUGCUGGUUGAGCAUUCGGUUGAGCCCAAUAGUAAUAUGGUACAGGAUCUCCAAGAGAAGUCUGAUCUUAGAAUCAAGAAUGAAAUUCCCAACUCAAAAGUAAUAGAACCGUCUCGUAUCAAUGGCAUCAUCACUGAUCCACUGGAAGCAUCCUCUUCUGUUACUUCAUAUGGCUUGGAUGCUAGUGGACUUCAUCAGAAUCUUUCACUUCCGAGCUUUGGGUUGGAUGGUGAUGUGCAGUCUCAUCCAAGGAAUAAUCAUCCGAUAUCAACCGCCAUGGAUGAUCUUACACCUGAUACUUUUUUGUCAAGGGGUUUUGACUCAGGGAAGGAGCUCCACAACUUGCUUUCUAGUUACAAUGGUGCUCCUAGGGAUAUUGAAACAGAAUUGUCUGCAGCUGGUAUGAGCCCUCAGUCAUUUGGGGUUCCAAAUAUGCCUUUCAAGUCGGGAUGUUCAAAUGAUGUAGCAGCAAUUAAUGACCCUGCUGGAUUGGGUGGUGGGAUUUGGCCAAGCCAGGCUCCACGUAUGAGGACAUAUACAAAGGUGCAAAAGCGUGGCUCAGUUGGUAGAUCCAUUGAUGUUACCCGUUACAAGGGAUAUGAAGAUCUCAGACGCGAUCUUGCUCGCAUGUUUGGCAUUGAAGGGCAACUGGAAGAUCCUCAAAGAACAGAUUGGAAACUGGUCUAUGUAGAUCAUGAAAAUGACAUCCUACUUGUGGGAGAUGAUCCGUGGGAAGAAUUUGUGAAUUGUGUUCUUAGCAUAAAGAUAUUAUCAUCUGUCGAAGUGCAACAGAUGAGUUUGGACGGAGAUUUGGGUAGUGGACCGAUCCCUAAUCAAGCCUCUAGUGGUACGGACAGUGGUAAUAAUGCAUGGAGAGGGCCAUUCGAUGAUCACUCUGCUGCUUCAUUCAAUCGUUGAGGGUUUCAAGCUCAGAUCAAUCUUUUCUGACUGAGCUCCCUACAAACAUGCAUACCAUACUUUGCCUGAUAAAUACUCAGAAAUAGAUGGAACACAGGUGAAAUGGUUGAGCUCGCACUCGUAACAGUUUUUGUCAAAAACAGAAGGUAAACUAUUCUUGGGUAGGCUGCUGGAUCUUAAUUAUGCCCUGGCCUCUCAACACCCAUAACCUGAACACAUCAAUGUAACUUAGAUUAUCAUUUUUGAGCCAUUAAGCUCAAUCUCCCUCUUCUCCCACUAUAUAUCCAUAUGGAGCUAGGGGCGAGAAGUUAAACUAUCGGUCAGUAGGUUAUAGGAAGUACAGACCUGGUUUAUCUUCUGGCACCGACAUUUGUUUUCAUGCAACCUGUCUGUAAAGCUAGGGUUGUAAUAGAUGUAGUGUUGUAGUAGUUACUAACUCCAUAUGCAAAGGCAAUGGCUGAAAUUCAUGUCACCCCUUUUGUAGUUGUAAAUGCUAUUAAUUAAGAAAAUCUAGAGUUUGAGGUAGGUAGUUUUUUCCUUCUGGGAAAAAUGAGAUAUUAGGCACAAUGUUUUAGCCAGAAAAAUGUUAUUCAGAUUAGUGUACAAAAGUGAUUUGAAGAAUGUUACAUUGCAAGAUUUGCAGCACCUA